CUCUCAGUUACGUCAAAACCAACGACCACCUAUCGCAUCGUCGGAAACAUGGCGGCGUCAACGGUGUCGCUGGAGGAUGUCCCAAGUGAAACCAUCAUGUCGGAGCUCCUCCGCCGUCUUAAGUGCUCCACCAAGCCUGAUAAGCGCCUCAUUCUCAUCGGCCCACCUGGAUCUGGAAAAGGUACCCAGUCACCCAUCAUUAAGGAUGAAUACUGUUUAUGCCAUUUGGCCACCGGUGACAUGCUUAGAGCUGCUGUUGCUGCCAAAACUCCUCUUGGAAUCAAGGCCAAGGAAGCCAUGGACAAGGGUGAACUUGUUUCUGAUGACUUAGUUGUUGGGAUCAUUGAUGAAGCAAUGAAGAAACCCUCAUGCCAAAAAGGGUUCAUUCUUGAUGGGUUUCCCAGGACAGUGGUUCAAGCAGAAAAGCUAGAUGGAAUGCUUCAGAAGCAGGGUGCCAAAGUGGACAAAGUAUUGAAUUUUGCAAUUGAUGACGCUAUUCUGGAAGAGAGGAUUACUGCUCGAUGGAUUCACCCUUCAAGUGGAAGAACUUACCACACAAAGUUUGCGCCUCCUAAAGUUCCUGGAGUUGAUGAUGUCACUGGAGAACCUCUAAUUCAACGUAAAGAUGAUACUGCUGCUGUUCUCAAGUCCAGGCUCGAGGCUUUUCACCGCCAAACAGAACCGGUUAUAGAUUAUUAUUCAAAGAAGGGUAUUGUUGCUAGCUUACAUGCUGAAAAACAACCAAAGGAUGUUACAGCAGAAGUUCAGAAAGUUUUAUCCUCCUAGAGAAGAAGCUUAUAACAAAACUGGCCUUCUGAAUUGAACUGUACUAUCUGCUUGUUGUUUGUCUGACUGAUGAUCAUUGGAAGGACAGUGUCUAUCUCUUUUUAGUUCUUUUUGUUGUUUAUCCCAGCAUAUUGUCAACUUCUGAUGAGUUAGCAGAAGUGCACCAGUGUAGGAAUUUUCGCUAAUAAAUUUAUGAUCACCUCUGAAUAUCUGACUAUCACCAGAUACAAGUUUCGUUUGUUUUUCAGCGGGUGAGUAGCAAACCGCUGCAUUUUGCAGGGUUUUGAUGUUUUAAUUGAUUAGCGGUUUGCUCCAUCCGUUGUUAUCCAAACGGCACCACAAUGGUUAUUUAUCUGAUUUGAAAGUUGUAACUUGAUGGACUGGCCAAAAUUUGUGCUCUCCGUUUACUGCCCAAUGUUAUUACAUGAGCAAUCUAGUUUCAAACUUGUGAUUAUAGUUGGUAGUUGGUAGUGUUGUGUACUUGUGGCCUUGUGGGCUUUGAUCAUUCAAUUUUUUUUGAAUAUACUCCGUAUUAAAUAAAUUGUAGUGAAUGUUAUUGCAAUUAUUUAAGAAUGGAUCCACUGAGGUAGUAUUUGGUU